AUGAAUAUCCAACGCCAGUAUCCUACUGUCUACUGGAUCUGGGGUGGAGGUAUCUCUUUCGUAUACGAGGUCCAUCCUCGCAUCGUGGUCAAAGUCCCGAAGUCUGGGGAGUUUGAGAGGCAACAAUUCCAUAAAGAGCUCGAGAUAUAUCGAAUGUUCUCGCAAAAUCCACCUUGUCCCUCUAUUGUACAGUGUUUUCACUUUUCUGACAGUGGCAUCUUCCUUGAGUACAUGAGAGAAUGGAUGAACGAUCUCGCUCAAGCCGUUGCCUUUUUGGAAUCCCUCAACCUUGCUCAUGGUGAUUUACGACCUGAAAACGUUCUCCUUGACCGUAAUCGACUAAAGCUAUCCGACUUCGAUUGUGCGGCGAAAAUCGGAACAAUUUACGAAGCUUGCAUGGCUCCAUACGGCAGAACACUCUAUCACGAGGAAUCAGACCAAGGAGAAUGUGGAACUUUUGGCUUCCUUGGCCCGCGAACAGAACAGUUCUCCCUUGGGUCUUUAUAUUAUUUGAUCAAUUAUGGCUUUGAGGUUUAUGGCGACCGCUGUCUUGCCGAAGAUCCUUACGAACAUGGUCCGAUGGUCGUGGACUUACUGCAGAAAAUGGAGUUUCCGAAAUUGGAUGGCAAUCCCCUGAUUGACAACAUCAUUGACAAAUGUUGGCGGAACAAAUACUUCAGAGUUUCAGAGCUUGCCUCCCAUACGAAAAAGCUUUUGCGCGAAAAUACCAGUGCGAUGGAAAUUAACGAAAGUGGAGAUAAGGCAAGUAGUGGAGUGGCAAAACUUGUGGAGACAAUGUUCUACAUCGGAUGGAGUACGGUUAUAGGUCACUUGAUUCGUGGGGUGUUUACUGACCUGGGCAUGUGGUGGAGGUCGUUAUUACGGAGUCUCCAACGCGAGGCAAGUAGUGGCGACAAUGAUGUGGAUCACGCCUGCUUGGCAGAGGACUUCGUUUCGAAAAGGGAAUUCUGUCAGAGUCUGGAGAGACGUGGACUUCUUGAAGCGCUUUCUUCGGGCGAGCCUGAGGAUAUUGGUUUCCCUUGGGAUUGGUAUAGACACAGUAUAGUCUCGAAGGUGUGGGAUUUGUUUGAAGGGAGACAUCUUUUCUAUGGAAAUGACCCUGAUGGCAAAGGGUAUUCGACCGGGGCGCAUCUUGCAGAAGUUAUGGAUUUUCUAGGGCCACCUCCUUUAGAUAUGCUCCAACGUGGGAAACGAAGCCAUGAACACUUUACAAGCGAUGGUAAGUAUUAUUUUCUUGCUCAGUGCACUUGGCAAAAGCUUACGAAGACAACCUUACAGGGAAAUGGAAAAAUGACCUAG